AAAAUUAUAGUUUUUCCUUAUAGUUUCCUCAUUUCCUCUUGAGCUAUUGUUAUACGUAGCAUUUCUUCCCGACAUGGCACGGUUUGCCUUCGUGCUAGCAUGUGCUUUAGCUCUAUUGGCUUCCUCACUAGCCUCUGGUGCAAUUGUUGAGCAUUCUUUUAAUGUGAACAAUCUGACUGUAACCCGACUGUGCAAGGAGCAAUCGAUAACCGUAGUAAAUGGGAGCUAUCCCGGCCCAACAAUCAGAGCACGUGACGGCGACACACUUGUCGUCCAUGUUUUUAACCAGUCACCCUAUAACAUUAGUAUUCACUGGCAUGGAAUCUUUCAGCUUCUGAGUGCAUGGGCUGAUGGACCAGCAUAUGUAACCCAAUGCCCUAUACUUCCUGGAAACAACUAUACUUACAGAUUCAAUAUCACAGGACAAGAAGGAACUCUCUGGUGGCAUGCUCAUGUCUCUUGGCUCCGGGCAACCGUCCAUGGUGCCCUCAUCAUCCACCCGAAAGCCGGCCGAUCCUUCCCUUUCCCCAAGCCCUAUAAGGAAAUUCCCAUCAUCUUGGGAGAGUGGUGGAAUGGUAAUGUUGUUGACAUUGAGAACGAAGGCCUAGCUACUGGAAUUGCUCCUAACAAUUCUAAUGCUUAUUCCAUCAAUGGCCUACCCGGCGAUCUUUAUGACUGCUCUCAAAAUCAGACAUACCAGGUGAAGGUGGUGAAAGGAAAGACCUACCUGCUACGCAUCAUCAACGCUGCGCUCAAUAACCAGCUCUUCUACAAGAUAGCCAAUCACAACAUGACAGUUGUCGCAAUCGACGCCGCCUACACAACUCCUUACAUCACGGAUGUCGUGGUCGUCGCGCCCGGUCAAACUACCGACGUUCUCAUCACCGCCAAUCAACAAACAGGAUCUUACUACAUGGCCGCCACUCCGUAUAUGAGCGCGAACAUAAACUUUGAUAACACCACCACAAGAGGCAUCAUCGUCUACGAGAACUCCACGUCAUCAUCACCGAUCAUGCCGGCCCUGCCCAAUCCCAGCGACACGCCAACGGCCCACAAGUUCAACACCAAUAUCACCGGACUCGCUGGCGGUCCCCAGUGGGUCCCGGUCCCCACCAACGUGGACGAGCACAUGUUCGUGACUGUAGGAGUGAAUCUGGAGCUGUGUCCCGUAAAUGCCACGUGUCAAGGUCCAUUCAAUAACCGAUUGUCUGCGAGCAUGAGCAACGAGUCGUUCCAGCUCCCGACCAAUCUGUCUAUGAUGCAAGCACAGUUUUACAAUGUGAGUGGGAUCUACACCACUGAUUUCCCCGACCAGCCCCUGGUCAAGUUUGACUACACGGACUCGAACAUCAGCUUGGACCUGUCGCUCAUCUACGCGCCAAAAUCGACCAAAGUCAAAACGUUGAAGUUCAAUUCUACGGUGGAGAUCGUGCUUCAGAACACGGCAUUUUUGGCGAUCGAGAACCAUCCGAUACAUCUCCACGGUUUCAAUUUCCACGUGUUGGCUCAAGGGUUUGGAAAUUACGACCCAAUCAACGAUCCCAAAAAGUUUAAUCUCGUUAAUCCACAAAUUCGUAACACAAUUGGUGUGCCGGUUGGAGGAUGGGCCGUGAUUAGAUUUACAGCAAAUAAUCCAGGUAUGUGGUUUAUGCACUGUCAUUUGGACGUGCAUUUGCCAUGGGGUCUGGGGAUGGUUUUUGAGGUUGAAAAUGGACCCACCCCAUGGGUUUUGCCUGCACCACCGGCGGAUCUACCCCAAUGUUAGAAGUCGUUUCCAAAUAUUCGUCUAGACGCUGUGGUUUUGGUUUUCUCAAACAAAGUUAUUAUUUUUUAUUUUGACGUGCAUGGUUUGGUUAGCAGUUGUAUUUCUUUGAUUGCAAAUAACUUGUAAUAAAAUGUGUAUAUUGUAAAAGUUGGUCAACAUUCUCUCGAUGAGUGAAAUAAAAAUAAAUAAAUGUUUUUCAA